GGCGGGGUCUGUCGGACCUGUUGUACGGCUCUUAGCGAGCCGGGAGAUCUCUCUUGGAGCGACUUUCUGAAUGAUUCUCCGAGCGGGUGGAACUCUAGAAGACACGGGAGGAAGCUGCACCGCUCGGAAUCAUCCUCCUGAUGAAAAUCGCUCCUGAUCGUUAUCAGCAGAGACACGCCCUGGUGGUGGCAGCAGGUGAAGAGGAGCGGCCAUGGUGGCAUCCUCUCUCCCCCUGUCUGUCUUCCUCCUCCUCCUCCUGUCUUUCCUUCUCCGUGCCGAGGUCGUGGUGGCCUCCACCUCUUCGGUCAAAGGGUUAGAUCUUCGUGGCAGCCCCCUGUCACACCUCCUUCUGGAUGCGGAGGCAGGGCUUCUCUAUGUGGGCGGAGUCGACAACCUGUACCAGCUGAACUCCAACCUGGAGGUGGUGUCUCACGUGAAAACCGGGCCUCACCUGGACUCCCCCGACUGCCUGCCUCCGAUCAACCCGCACGACUGCUCUUCGGCCACGCCCACUCACAACUACAACAAGCUGCUGCUGCUGGAGCCGGGCCAGGGGGCGGACCCCGGCAGCCUGAUUGUCUGCGGGACGCUGUACCAAGGCAUCUGUGAGAAAAGGAGCCUGUCCAACAUCUCGCAGCUCAUCUAUCGGACCUCCAACCCCGUGGACACGCAGUAUGUUGCUGCCAACGACGCUCGGGUCUCCACGGUCGCUGUCAUCAUCACCACAGAAGGCGGGCUGCGGUUGAUGCUGGUGGGUCGCGGCUACACCAACAAAGGCCCGGGCGACAUCCCUCCCAUCACCACACGGCGUCUGACUCCCGUGGCGUCCCGCCGAGCCUUCUCUCAGGAGGAGGAGCUUGGGAAGCUGGUGGUGGGAAGUUACUCUGAAUACAACAACCAUUUUAUAAAAGCCGUCUCCCAUGGCGACCACAUCUACUUCCUGUUUUGGCGUCGGGACAUUUGGCACAAGAAGGAGUACCGGACGUACGCAUCGCGGCUGUGCAAGUCGGACCGCAGCUUCUACUCCUACGUGGAGGUACCGCUGCUCUGCCACGGCGGCUACAACCUGGCGCAGGCCGCUUGGCUCGGGCACCACGGAGGGAAGCACGCUCUGUUUGUGGUCAUGGCGGCAGGUCAGGCGUCCACGCCCGUCGCGACCAGCCGCUCGGCUCUUUGUGUGUUCGGGAUGGAGGAGCUGGACGGGAUGAUGCGGCGGACGCAGGAAGUCUGCUACACUGAAGGUGGUCAAGGACGCAAUGGAGAAGAGGAGGCAUACAUCGAAUACGCCGUGUCAUCCAAGUGUCUGCAUCUACCAAAGGACUCUCUCUCGGAGUAUCCCUGUGGGGGGGAGCACACCCCAAACCCCAUCGCCAGCGCUGUGCCUCUUCAAGCCACGCCCACCUUCACCACCACCACCACCCAGCUGACCGCCGUCUGCACCGCGACGGAGGCCGGGCACACCGUGGCCUUUCUGGGAGACAGAGACGGACGCCUGCACAAGGUGUUGGUCCACGCCGACAUGUCUGGUGACCUGUACGGGAGGUUGUCCGUGGACAAGGGGGAAGCCAUCGGAGCGGACCUCGUCGUGGAUGAUGGACAGCAGCACAUUUUUGUCCUGACCAGCAGCAGGUUAUCCAAGGUUCCGGUGUCGUCUUGCGAACGACAGACAGACUGCCAGUCCUGUCUCACUGUCCGAGACCCGUACUGCGGCUGGUGUGUCCUGGAGGGGAGAUGUUCCAGGAAGCACGAGUGCCAGCGCCACCUGCAGGCGAACCACUGGCUGUGGAGCUUCAACCAGUCCAAUCAGUGUGUGACCGUGCAGAGUCUGGAGCCGGCCAAUCACAGCAGAGAGGAGCAGACCCAGGUGACGCUGUCAGUCAUCCAGCUGCCUGAACUCACCGGGGCGGAGACGCUGUCAUGUGUCUUCCAGCAUCUUCCUCCACAACCUGCCGUUGUCAAGGGAACCAGCAUCACUUGUCAAUCUCCUGCGCCGAAGCUCCUUCCUCCGAUGCCAUCAGGAAGUGACCACAUGGUCCUGCCGGUGUCGGUGAUGUUCGGUCAUGUGACCAUAACCACAGGAAACAUGACCUUCUUCGACUGUGGAGCUGUGAGCCUCCAGAACCAGAACUCACAGUGUCUCUCCUGCGUCAGCAGCGUGUGGCGGUGCAGCUGGUGCCCCCUGGACCAGCUCUGCAUUCACAACCACAACUGCCCCAGUAAACACAUCAUCCAGAACGAGCGGGACUCCACCAGCCCGUCUUCGUGUCCUCUUAUUUUUGCUAUGCAAAGCUCUGCCCUGGUUCCUCUGGGUCAGAACACUGCGCUGGUUCUGAGGGGUAGAAACCUGGACGUGUUCAAGGAUCCGGGUCAGUACGAGUGUGUGGUGGACAUUGAAGGACAGGAGAUCAGCCUGGCUGCUGCCGGAGAGAAGAAAGAGGACGGGACACACACCUUCACCUGCUCCCCUCACCAGUUCCAGUCUGUCAUCAGCCAGCUGCAGUAUUUGGCUCCAGUCUAUCUGAGAAGAGGAGAGCGGCGCAUCGACACUUCGCCCGGCCUCCAGCUCAAGCUGUACGACUGCUCCGCCGGUCAGUCCGACUGCUCGCGGUGCAGAGCAGUGCCCAAAGAAUACGGCUGUGUUUGGUGUCAGGGGAGCUCUGCCCCCAGCUGCGUCUACAACCAAUCAUGUUUCAGCGCUCCGGCCGACACCUGCCCCCCUCCUCAGAUCACCCAGGUGCUCCCUCUCUCUGGGCCUCUAGAGGGCGGAGUCAGGGUGACCAUCACUGGUACAAACAUGGGGAUGAAGUACCAGGAUGUGGUGGGCGGGGUUACUGUGGCUGGGGUGCCAUGUCCGCCGCGCCCGGAGGAGUACCAGAUCUCCACCAGGGUUGUGUGUGAGCUGCAGCCCAGUGGGAAACCCAUCGCCGGCCCUGUCCUGGUCACCGUGGGAACCAACCCUCCGGGACAGUCGCCACAGACCUUCACCUACCAGGACCCGCAACUUACAGAACUGAUCCCUGAGAAAGGUCCAGUGUCUGGCGGAACCAAGCUGACUAUCAGAGGGCGCCGGCUGAUGACGGGGCAGACGGCAGAUCUGACGGCCUUCCUGGGCCCGCUUCCCUGUGCCAUAGUGGACCGGGUCAGCGACUCUCAGUUGGUGUGUCGGACCAGUCCCAGCAACCGGACUGGAGCUUUUCCGGUUCGGGUUUUGUUCGGCAAAGCGGGGCGAUUGGUUCCCAAAGUGAACUUCCGCUACCUGGAGGACCCAGUCAUCACAGAGGCCACGCCCACCGAGAGCUUCUACGCAGGGGGGCGUGUCAUCCAGGUGACAGGCAAGAACCUGGACGUGGUGCAGCAGCCCAUCAUCUCGGUGGGGGUGGAGCCUGUGGAGGACCAGAGAGUGAGACGCCGGAGACGGAUGGCUGUCCUCAGUUCUCGACAACAGCUGGUCUUCAACAGCACCAUGGCCACGGUGUCGGAGCGCUGCUCGGUCGUCUCGUCCACUCGCAUGACCUGUCCCACGCCCGAGGUCAGCGAGGACGUCCAAGUGAAGAAUGUUUGGUUUCAGCUGGACAGUGUGAGGGUCUACUUCCAGGACAUAAAGGGCCAAAAGUUCCAGUACUACCAGAACCCAAAACUGUACCACCUCAAUAAAGAUGCCCCUGAAGUACCGUACCGGUUCAAGCCUGGAGGGGUCAUUGCGGUGGAGGGUCAGGAUCUCACCCGGGCCAUGACCAGGCAGGAAGUGAAGGCCUUACUGGGAGACCAAGAGUGUGAAGUGAAGACCCUGGACAGCACACAUCUGUACUGUGAACCCCCCACGUCUCUUCCAGAGGGACUGCCCAGUCUGAAGGUCAUCAUGGGGAACUUCAAGAAGGACCUGGGCUUCGUCCAGUAUGACACCGACUCGCUGCUGUCUCCCGUCCCCUUGGCUGCUCAGAUUGGUUUGGGGGCCGGAGCUGCCGUCAUCAUCCUGUCUGUGCUGGUCGUCAUAUUGAUGUACAGGAGGAAGAGCAAACAAGCGCUGCGGGACUACAAGAAGGUUUUGUUGCAGCUGGAAACGCUGGAGAUCAACGUUGGAGACCAGUGUCGCAAGGAGUUCACCGACCUGAUGACAGAGAUGAUGGACCUCAGCAGUGAUGUGGGCGGGCCUGGUCUUCCUCUCCUGGACUACAGGACCUAUGCAGAGCGCGUGUUCUUCCCGGGGCAACAGGCCCCUCUGAGCCGGCAGCUGGACCUGCCGGACUCCCGGAGACAGACCGUGGAGCAAGGCCUCCAGCAGCUCAACAGUCUGCUCAACAACCGCCUCUUCCUCAUCAGGUUCAUUCACACCCUGGAGGCCCAGCAGGGCUUCUCCCAGCGCGACCGCGGCUACGUGGCCAGUCUGCUGACGCUCGCUCUGCAUGACAAGCUGGAGUACUUCACUGACGUGAUGAAGAGCCUCCUGCAGGACCUGGUUCAGGUCUACGUAGCCAAGAACCCCAAGCUCAUGCUGCGCAGAACAGAGACCGUGGUGGAGAAGAUGUUGACCAACUGGAUGUCCAUCUGCCUCUACUCCUUCCUCAAGGAGGAGGCAGGAGAGCCGCUCUACAUGCUGUACCGGGCCAUCAAGUACCAGGUGGACAAGGGUCCGGUGGAUGCCGUGACAGGCAGAGCCAAGAGGACCCUGAACGACAGCCACCUGCUGCGAGAGGAUGUAGACUAUUGCACCCUGACCCUGACGGUGCUGGUGAAGAACGGGGUCGAUGUCCAGCCCUGCCCAGUCAAAGUUCUGGACACCGAUACCAUUACUCAGGUGAAGGACAAGAUCCUGGACCAGGUCUACAGAGGUGCCCCCUUUUCUCAGAGACCGGCAGCGGACAACCUGGACCUGGAAUGGCGGUCUGGACAGGCAGGUCACCUGACGUUGUCAGACGACGAUGUCACCGCCGUCGUUCAAGGACGCUGGAAACGGCUGAACACACUUCAACACUACAAGGUUCCGGACGGCGCCACGGUGGCGUUGAUCCCACGUUGUCAUAGCAACAGCGCGCUCAGAGUCAACCAGAUCUUCCAGACUGGAGAAAAGACGCCGAUGCUGGAGGGGGAGGAAGAAGAGGGCUUCCGUCUGUGGCAUCUGGUGAAGAGCAGCGAAGACCCAGAAGUCCCCAAGCACCGAAAAUCCAGCAUGAGAGAGCGCGAGAGAGCCAAGGCCAUUCCUGAAAUAUACCUGACCCGGCUGCUCUCGAUGAAGGGGACGCUGCAGAAGUUUGUGGACGAUGUGUUCGUGGCUAUUCUGAGCACCAAACGUCCUCCGCCGAUUGCUGUCAGGUUUUUCUUCGACUUCCUGGACGACAUGGCGGAGAAGCAUGGAAUCGAUGACCCGGAGACCGUACACAUCUGGAAGACCAACAGUCUCCCGCUCAGGUUCUGGGUCAACAUCCUGAAAAACCCCCAGUUCGUGCUGGAUGUUCAGGUGUCGGACAGCAUCGACGCCGUUCUGUCGGUCAUUGCUCAGACCUUCAUCGACUCGUGCACCACCUCGGAGCACAAAGUGGGACGGGACUCCCCUGUCAACAAACUGCUGUACGCCAGGGAAAUACCUCGAUACAAACAGCUGGUGGAGAGGUACUACAGUGACAUCCACAGUGCUGCUUCUGGCUGUUACCAGGAGAUGAACUCCGCCCUCACCGAGCUGUCAGGGAGCUUUUCCAACGACAUCAACAAUCUGGUCGCCCUGCAGGAACUGUAUAAAUACAUAAACAAAUACUACGAUCAGAUCAUCAUGUCUCUGGAGGAGGACAGCUCUGGGCAGAAGAUGCAGCUGGCGUACAGACUGCAGCAGGUCGCCGCCCUGGUGGAGAACAAAGUAACGGAUCUUUGACCCCCUCAGCGCUCUUGCUGUCAACGAUGAAAGCACAAGUUCAACACUGUCUUCCUGCUGUAUGUUUGUGAGUGUGGCGUUGUGUUGAGUGGAGGAUCCCCAUAUUUUCAUGCGACACUAGCUUUGGACUUGGAAAUGCACUAAGACACACCAGCUGACAAUCAAGUCGUGACACUAAAGGUUUGGCCAACUGUCCGUUGAAAGCACAACAUUAGAAUUCAAGACACUUUUAUGUGACAUGGUCCCGCGUUCAUUUUUCAGCUCAGAGUUGGUCUUUCGAGCUUCUGCUCCACAUCUGUUCUUGUCUUCCGUGAGCAGAUUGUAUGACAGUAUUACGCUGCAUGGCACUUUUCACAUACACACACCAGGACUGGGUGUGACAAUCACGGAUCAGGUGACCUUCAGCACCUUCAGACUGUUGCAGGUGAACUUCUUGAAAGCACAAACGCUGAUCUUUGAUCAGUCAUUUCGUACCGAACCAGCAUCGUCCGAACCAAUAACAAAUCAGGGACUGAGGUCAUGUGUUUCGUGUCUGACCUUUGACCCACACUGGUCGUCCUUCUUGCUGAUUUGCCAGGAGUUUGAAAAGGAUCUUCUGGGGAAUGGAGUUUGACAGCGUGUGUGUUUGUGUGAGAGAGAAUUUAUUUGUGUCACUAACUUAUUGUGUAUAUUAUUUAUCCUAGCUGUGCCUUCAGUCUUGCAGCUAGGGGGUGUUGUCUGUCUGGAAGCAGUGCAUUAUGGGAUGAUGAAUUCGCCUGUCAGGAUGUAAACACUAUUUUCAGCUGAGUAACACUUGUAUCUGCUGAUCGACGCGUCAGGAUCUUGUGACCUACCUGUCCAGAUGUACAAAGACUCGCUCUUCGGGAUGUAAACACUACAGAUAGCUAACUCACAGGUCGGGAUGCUGCCAACACUUAACUUCUGGUGUAAUGCUGUGCAUGUUUUUCCACAAUAGAAAUCACCAUUUUGGAGCCCGCAUUAACCCAAACUGGACUUUUGUGAGACACUAAAUGAAGCAAUAACAAAUAUUCUGAACAAAGAAAAGGAAACUUUAAUUCAUGUACAGACGCCUUACUGUAAAAUACAUAUUUAUGAUUGUCACUUUCUGACUCUCGGACCUGGAGGAGCUGCUGAGACUCGCCUCCGGAGACUCUCGACUCCUCCUGGACUUCUGCUCUGGACUGUUGUCUUCUUCCUCCGAUAGUUUCCUAGUCAUAGUUGGAUGCAUGCACGUGUUGACAAAGUUUUUGCUUCUAUUUAUAUAUAAUCAGCGAGCGGGCGCCGCAGCCCCAGGACUGCCAAUUAUAUUUAAUGAAGUUUGUACAGUUUUCUAACCACGUGCGAUGAUAAGAAUGAUUGUUGGCUCCUAUUGGACGAGCUGUUUGCUACUGAAUGGUUUUCUACGCUGGAAUGAAAACGUGUUUGUAUAAUAUAAUUAAAUUUCUAACGUGUAAAUAAAUGAAACUACUGAGAGAGAUGAUGAUGAUGAUGAUGAUGAUGAAGAAGAGUGAGGAGUGUUUUUAUUGUGACAGAGUAGGACGCCAAAACCAUUUGUAUGAUGUGAAAAUAA